AUGGCAUCACCGGCCUUACUCUCUCCCUAUGGCACCGUCGCCAGCGAUCCGGUCGCCGACGCCCUCCUCAUAAUCGUCCGCUUCUCUGCCUCAAUCCCGGACCUUCCCCUCGACGUCCCAACGCCAGAAACAACAACAGGCGCAGGUCUCAAACAACUGAUCCGCGCCGAACUCCCCUCAACACUUUCCUCCCACCGCCUGCGCCUCAUUUACUCUGGCCGCGGCUUAGAAGACGCAACCGCCCUAGCAACCUCCCUCAAGCUCCCCCCAUCUCCAUCCCGCACACCCCACCCAGAGGAACAAGAUGAGACGGAAUCCCCCAAUGGAAAAGGCAAAAAGCCCGUCCGGGAUACCAGGAGUAGGAUCUACAUCCACUGCUCCAUCGGCGAUAUCGCACUUCCAGAAACAGACCUGGCCGCUGAAGCAGCGAUGGCAUCUACACUACUCGUUCAGAAACAGAAACAAGCCCCAAGUACACUCCGCUCUUCUAUUACGCGUGCAUCCCCACCACCUCCGCCCGCAACUACAACCCCCGCACCCCGUGGCUUUGACCGCCUCCUCUCGGCAGGUUUCACGGCCGCGGAAGUCACAGCCCUGAGAUCGCAGUUCCUGGCUGUACAAUCCGUCUCCAGAACGCCGGAUACCAUGCCGACGGGCGAGGAACUGCGUGAUCUAGAGGAUAGAUGGAUGGAUGAGGGGUCGACGGCUGCGUUGGCGCAGGCCGGUGGGGAGGGUGGUAGUGAUGAUGAAGGCGGGUUUGGGUCUGGGUCGCGGAGUGCUAUGGAUGAUAUGCUUUUGGGGGGCGGUGAUGGGGUUCUUUUGGCCUAUCGGGUGUGCUAUGUGGUUGAGGAGGGAGGAGGGGGUUUGGAGUUGGAGGAAAGGAGUUGCGGUUUUCGUGGGCGUCGUCGUCAAUGCGGCUUUUGGUGGCAUGAGGAUUAUGAAUUAGUGCCCCUCGAUGGGCGCGGUCGUUUUGGGUUUGGUAUGGCGUUUUCUUUUUGGUUGCACUGCGAGAUACCCCAUUAA